GUACAUGGAGUUUAGUGACGAGUUUGGAGGCUACGCCACCAAGGACUUCUGCCCGCACUUUAAUCUCAGACGCGGCUUCCGGCUGCUCGAGAAGGGACAAGUGCGGGACACGCACGACUUAGAAUCCCUCAGCUACCCCUUGGACCUGUACUUUUUCGACGCCAUGAACCACGUGGGUUUGAACCUGCUCUGUCCUCUCAUGGACAUCGUCGGCUUUGAUGUUGGCAGCGUGCACCUGGACAGUAUGCACAUAUUAGACCUUGGCGUGUGCCAGUACUUAGCAGGCGAAGUGCUGCGGGUCUUGGUGCUGAACAAUCACUGCGGUAGCACAAAGCGUCUCAGGGAUUACAGGGUGAAGGACAACGUCCAAGCACUGAACCGUAGGCUGCGCUCGUACUACAAAGACUCGGGUGGCAAGGAGAAAG